CUUUUUUUAUUUUCGUUAUGCAAAUCGGAUUGGAGAGAUGUUUGGACAUGUGUACUCCCGAGAUAUAUUUGUCUUCGCUGCUUUCCCCGCCGUACACGUGGCAGAAUCCUAUCAGACUCCCUGUCUCUUCCUUGGACCCCAUCCUCCAUCCAUUUUUUUAUUAUUAUUAAUCGGGGAGAGGGGGCUUCAAAGAGAAUGGUGAGGAGGGGUCGCAAUCAGCCACUGUGGGUCAAUCUUUGCUGUUUUUGGGAAGAUCUUGAGGUGGACCCCACAUUUAACACGUGUAUGGCCUACCCCCUUUCCCUUCCUUUCUCUCUCCACUCACGCUCUUUAUUCUCUCACCUCGCACUGAAUCAACUUAUUUCCUUCUCUUUUCUCUGUGUUUCUGUUUUUUCCACUCCAAUUAAUUUAAAUAAGGGAUGAAUUUGUUUUUUCCACUCCAAUUAAUUUAAAUAAGGGAUGAAUUUGUAUCAUUUCUUACUGCUUUCCUCCUCUCCUCUCCCCCCUACUACUCAGAAGAGACUGCAAUUCUGCAGCCUUUCUUCCACUCACUUUAACCCCCAUUGGCCUUUUACAAUUAUAUCAGAGAAGACUCUUCACUGCUUCACUCUUUCUCUCUCUCUGACUCUGUUUUUCCCGACAUCAACCUCUUCCUUCCCUCUUUUGGUAUAAAUUCCCCCAACCCCAUCUCCCUCUCUUCCUUCUCUCACCAACCCACCAAUCCUUUCCUCCUUUCCUCCUCUACCCCUUCCACUUCUGCACCCACUCCUAAAAUGGAGAUGGAGAUCUGCGCCAACUUGAUGGGACACUCCAAUCCCACCAGAGACCAAACUCCCAACGCCACUAAUCUUUCUUGCCCCAAUAACAUCUGGGACUUCAAUUCCUCCCGCUUCGACUUGGAUUGGGCCACUGCCAACUCUCUCUGCCCCGACACCACCCGAUCCCAACCCAUGUCCGCUCACGCACUCUGGCUCCACCCACAUGACGCUGACGCUCGCCACCACCAGUUUCUCUACGCCGCCGAUCACCAGCGCGCCCAUUUCCACCCGGACCCCCAUCUCAUGUGUUUGAAGCUCGGCAAGAGGCACUACUUCGAGGACGCCACUGCGCCGUCCGUCGUGGGAGGCUUCGCCACUGUGGGGAAGAGAGGGAAGGGUUUAUACGGUGGAGAUGGAGGGCCUUAUGGCCCAGUUCCGACGACCGUACCCCGGUGCCAAGUGGAGGGAUGCCAUGUGGCGCUGGUGAACGCGAAGGACUACCACCGUAGGCAUAGAGUGUGCGAGAUGCACUCGAAGGCUCCAAAAGUUGUGGUUGUAGGCUUAGAGCAGAGGUUCUGUCAGCAGUGUAGCAGGUUCCAUGUGAUUUCAGAGUUUGAUGACUCAAAGAGGAGCUGUAGGAGGAGACUGGCAGGGCACAAUGAGAGGAGAAGAAAGAGUUCUCAUGAAUCUGUGGCGGCAAGGAACUGCACCCAAGAAAACAAGUCUAUGACAGGUAGCAUUGCAUACAUACCAUCGCCGACGGGACGUGCUCUCUCUCUUCUGUCAUCGAAGAAAGAAACAUGGGCGACCUCAUCGGAGCUGUCGCUGAGGUCGAGUGCAGCACUCCGAGAACUGAUAGCGGAGAAUCGCGCCGCCAUUCUCGCUCGUCAGCUGAUUCUGGACAGAGAUUGGCACUUGAACCACGCGGCGGCGACGGAUGAUUUCGGAGGAGGCGGCGUUGGAUUCCAUCAGCAGCAGGGGUUGUAUUGCGAGCAGCAGCAACAGAGCUGGGAGGGGAUGAAUGAAAAUGGCGGUGCGCACGUGACGCUGGACCUGAUGCAGGCGCCGAGCACCGCGUUUGGGAUGCUGUCCGUGAGAGGGAAAUCGAAGGAAGAAGAUGAAGAAUGUUGCGAGUUAUGGAACUCCUUUCACGAUCACGAUUCUCACGUUGUUUAGAAGUAUAUUAUAAUUAUAGAGAUGUAUGUGUAGUCCUCUUAAGUGGAACCACGAACAUUUGGUAACUGUACAAUUCUUUGUUUUCCCGCCCAUUUUCUUCCCUUUAUUGUAAUUUUAUCGUAGAGCUCAGCAAUUGUAGAGUACCUUUCAUUUUUUAAAAUGGCUACUACUGGUGUUUUAUUUACUCAACUAUGUUUGGAUACAUUUACUGUUUUAUCCAUCAUUGAAUUAAAUUUUACAUUUGUAUUA